ACUCCUUUCCCACUUGCCUACUGAUUGUGCACCAGACAGCAGAGAGCUCACUCGUAGUUGCUGAGAAUGUCGCAUCUUUCUCCUAGGAUGGGAUCACAUUAUGAACCAAGGUCGCAGUAGAAAUGCAGACUACGGUUAGCAACAGAUGAAGUGGACUUUCUAAUUGGUGACCUUGUCCGGACAGAAGAACACAGAAGAAAUUCCCGUUUCCAAAUUAUUUGAGCCAGGAGCUGGAAAAGCUGCUUUGAUUGUCGUCCGGGUCCCUUCCUCAGAGGAAACACAUCCUGUUAAUGUUUGACUGUGAAGUCGCAGUCCUGAAUGUUUGUUGCAGUUAGUUACGCCCAGAGACUCAGCAACAGAGUUAGAAAAACAACAGUUUCCUCCUAGCUUUCAGAAAGAGUCUUUUUCUCCUUGGUAUCUUAUCAGUUAUGUUAAGAUCGCAUCACAGUCGAAGUAAGAAGUUUAGUUCAACACGAUGGCCAAUUUCUGCCUAACCAUUUGAUCUGUACUGCUGCAGUUGUUAAUAUUCCGAUUUAAACAAAGAGCAUUUCUGCAAACAUUAUACCAGCCUGCUAGGGAUAUCAAGGCAAUCCUUUUAACAACCCAACAAACAGGUGUGCUGCACCAGGAGAGCACCGACUGGUCCUCUGGCUUUAUUCAAGGCUCUUCAGUUGGAGCAUCUACAUCUUCAACAAAAGGGAUGGACCUGCAUACACGGCAGCUUAUCACUGCCGCAUCUCUGGUCGAGAAGGCACAAGAGGGUGGAUAAGCUUAGCAAAAACGUAAAUUACUUGGAUUCUGAGGACACUGGCGAGGCAAGAAUGAAUGCUCAGCUCCCCUAGCAGCUCUCAAGUAGCUCUAGGUACUCCCACAUUUCCAAUGCACACGAGUGUUUUGUGUAGAAACGAAGAAGCUCUCUGGUGUUCCGUGGGUAACUAGAGCAUCUUGGGGCUGGGGAAAGGCAGCUGGGCAUGGCUGUUCAAAAGCUGGUGGCAACUGCUGUAGCGGUGGCUCUCCUGUCCCUGAUUCUCAACAAUGCGGCAGCAAUCACUCCAAACUGGGUGUACCAGGCGCUGGAGGAUGGGAGAAAGCGCAGUGUUGGACUAUGGAAGAUGUGCUAUGGAAAUGAUAAAGGCAAGGUGUCAAUGAGGCAUGACCAAACACUGGAUCGCGAAUGUGAGAACUUAAGCUGGGGAUCAGAGCACCCUGGAUUUCAAGAAUCUCGGAGUACAGUCAAACUUCAAUUUGACAUGAUGCGAGCCUGUAACCUGAUUGCCACAGUGGCUCUGACUGCUGGCCAGCUCAUCUUCCUGCUUGGACUGAUGGAACUGCCACUUAUCACUCAGGAUUCACAGUGGUGGGAGGAAGCCAUUGCUGCUCUGUUUCAGCUGUCCAGUUUUGUGUUGGUGAUUGGACUGGUGACCUUCUACCGGAUAGGCCCCUAUACUCACCUCUCUUGGUCCUGCUACCUGGACAUUGGUGCCUGUCUCUCAUCGACACUUGCAGCAGCAAUGCUAAUCUGGAACAUAUUACACCGGCGGGAGGACUGUAUGACACCCCGCGUUAUUGUUAUCCACCGCUCCAGGCCACGCUUUGAAAAUGACUACGUGGAGUCACCAUGCUGAAUGAACGUGGAAGGGAGCAGGCACAAUUUGCACAAGUGUUCGAGAAUUGCCAGAUCUCUGCUUACUCAUGAAAUAACCAAAUCUCUGCUUCACAGCCUGGUCCAGAAGGUUGGGCGAGGUGGGCACACAGUGGGGGAAGGAGAAACAAAGGCUUUCAUCCUGAGCACAACUAACAAUUCUGACUAGGGAUCCCUGAACAUCUUCAGAGGGCAAUGUAAAUCAUGGAUAAAAUAUACAGUAAAGCAGGAUAAACGUAUGGGACGAGAAAACUCAGCAACUGAAGGAAACAAAUACGCUUUGUAUAUCCAAGGGUGUUUCACUGGGUUAAAGGCAUUUCCUGUGAUUUAAUUCCAAUUACCUUAAGAUGCUCACCUCCAGAUAGUAUCUGGUGCACUACUAAGAAGGGCA